UGCUUGAUAAACGUGUGCGUAUUUGUAUUUUAGUGUUUAUUUGAGUUUUAUGUAAAUGAGUAAUCUAGGUGAUUUAUACAGAUUGAACUUGUUUGGUGCUGGGUGAAUUAAUUUAAAGUCGCACAAACCGAUAAAAUAACAGGUAGAGGUCAUCAUACAGUCUCGGAUUGGUUCAAUCUAUGUCGAGACGUUGUGGCAGAGUAGAUUAAAAAACUUGGAAAAUGGGUGGAAAAGGAUUAGUAGUACAAAUAGACGAAUCUAUAUUUCAAGGAAAACGUAAGUACAAUAGAAGAAGACUACGUCUUGGAGAUUGUAAACCUGUUGAUAGUAAAGAUGGUGAUGGUGAUACUACCGAUACUUCCGAAGAUAAUUCUGACGAAGAAAAUCAAAACUAUGAUACUAAUCGAAAUUCUGGAAGUCGAGUUCAAAGCCCUCGAGUGUUUGGCAUGUGCUAUUUGAUUGAAGAUGGAAUUUUGGAACGCCGUUUUUUUAUAGUCAAUAAGAGAGAACGAGAAACAUUAUUAUCAAUAAUAAUUCAAGAAAUAGAACCAGGAUCAACAGUUCGUUCAGAUGAGUGGAGAGCAUACCUACAAAACUUUAAAAAUAUCACGGUUUUCUUCACAAAACUGUUAACCAUAGGUAGUAAGAACUUCAUAAAUCCACAUACAGGUGCUGAAACAUAAACAAUUGAGUGUUAAUGGAGACACGUAAAAGUAAAAUGUAAUAUAAGAUCACGUGGUGCAACAAACCUACUCGAAAGGCAAUUACAGAAAGAAUGGUGGCAUUUAGUCCACCCGAUCUUUAAAAGUUUUUUAAGAGACAUAAAAGAUACAUUUGUAUAAGGCGAUUACAAUUUCAAUGACAACUGUAAAACUACAAGCGCCAAUAAAAAUAUUUAGGUAAGUUUAUAAUAAAUUUUAUCGCUAAAAUACCUACUAUACCUACCUCUCCAGGAUAGAAGGUCUGAAAUAAACACUGAUCACUCCCCAAAAGCUGUUUUACAUGCUCUAAUUUAUUGUAUAUUUAUAUUAUAUAGUAUCUAUAACACUUUCAUUUUUUUAUUUAAAGCAAAAUACUUGAAUAUUAAU